UUUUAUUUCGAAUGCGCAUCUAGUUUUGCGCAUCAACAGAACUUCUGACAUGUGGUGAACAUUUAUUUAGCUUGCAUUUGUUGUUAUUUUGUGUCCGAAAUGUGGAGUUAGUAACAUCUACAGAAAUUGGAAGUUUCAUAGGUGACAAUGGAGGAGAGUGAAAGGAAAAAAAAGAAAAAGAGAAAACAUAACAAAAGAAAACGUAAUAAAAGAAAACAUAGCAAAUCUCAAAGAUCCAGUGAUAUUCAUUCAGCAGCUCUAGAAAAAAAGAAAUCACCAGACCAAAGGAUAAUAAUUGAAGAUGACGAAAUGCGUCGAAUGAUUCGCAAGAAAAUCGGGUUGUAUCAUGUCAACCCUGAGCACAUGGAGCAACUUCAAGAUCAAGGUAUCAAAGUAAGACUGGGAAAAUGGAAGAAGACAGAAGAUCAGUAUCUGCUUAAUACUAUUAUUAAGUACUGUAAGGCCAAGAAAUGUACAUUACCAUAG